CAUCAGUUCCACUGAAGUCUUAGUGGUACACUCAACAAUAAUGCAGCUCGUCUUCUUUGUCACCAUUUGUAUGUUCGGUGUUUUGGCUUUGGCUAAUGCCGAACCAGGAAAUAUCUACAUUAAUGAGUGCAUAGGGUGUCCUAGAAUCCAACGCGGAUCCAAAUCUGACCCAAUUGAUGCCAUGGAUAUUGUCGGAAAAUAUGUCGAACAAACGCUCGGACAAUUUGCCGGACGGGCUUCCGGAUCUGUGUACAGUCCAGAACUACCCAAUUACGAGCACGGAUAUGCUCAAAGUGAUACUCUACCGGAGGCUGGACAGUUUGGCGUACCGUUCCCUGUAGGACAUUACAACACUUGGGGGCAACCUUUAUACAGCCUGAUUUACUCAAGAGGACAUGACAAUUACGGAACCAGCCAUAUCCCAAGAGGGAAAACAUAUGUUUACAUUAACAAUAACGGAGCACAUGUCAGGAAUACCCGAUUACGGAAACCAAAUUAUAACAAAUGGGAAUCUGGUGCAGAGCGAACUGAUGGAGAAAGCAUUGGCCUUCGCGAUAUCCAAUACCAGAUAAGGAAAGUCGAACGACCACUAUUUAAACGCUUGUCAGAUGUUCUGAGCUAUGUUGAUCAAAUUACACAAAGUUUUUAAUGAGAUCUAAAUCAGGCUUUCAAUUCAAAUAAAAUUUUGAGAAUAUACAAAUUUUA